AGAAUAAAGGUCCCAGGAGAACGCAUCAUGUGGUUCUCUCUGCCCUGUGACGUCACUAGCAGAUGGCAUGGGUACCAGCUCUGGCAGUUGGCAUCAAUGUCACUUUUUUAGAGAUCAAUGAGAUACACACAUAUCUAGACUCCUGAAGAUGAUGCGACAUUCAGACUGAUCUGGAAAGAGAAAAAAAUAUGAAAAAAAACUGAUUGUUGAUUGAAUUAAAAACAGAAGGUAAUUUAUGUUAACAAUGUUAACACUUCCUUUCGAUGAAUCGGUUGUAAUGACGGAAUCUCAGAUAUGCAGAAAGUUUUCACGGGACGGUGAGGAGCAGAAACAAGUGAAAAAGCCUGAAGUCUGUGCCAAACAACUAGUAUCUCAUGGGAAAAGUAUCAAGAGAACACCUGAAGAGGAUACAGAGCAGGAAGAAGAGGAUGAGGACAAAGAGGAAGAAGAUGAAAAUGGUUUGCCCAGAAGGAGAGGACCAAGGAAAAAAAAAAUGACCAAGGUCAGAAUUGAAAGGAUUAAACUGAGACGGGUUGAAGCUAAUGCAAGAGAAAGGGGUAGGAUGCAUGGGCUCAAUGAUGCGCUGGACAAUUUAAGGAAAGUUGUACCAUGUUAUUCCAAGACACAGAAACUGUCUAAAAUAGAAACAUUAAGACUGGCUAAAAACUAUAUUUGGGCUCUGUCUGAGAUCCUUCGGAUUGGGAAGAGACCUGAUUUGCUUACUUUUGUGCAAAACUUAUGCAAAGGUUUGUCCCAGCCAACCACAAACUUAGUGGCAGGCUGCCUGCAGCUUAAUGCCAGGAGUUUUCUAAUGGGUCAGAGUGGGGAGACGAUGCAUCAUACAAGAUCCCCGUACGCCUCUAUUUACCCUCCAUAUCACAGUCCUGAGCUUAGUACCCCACCAGCCCAUGGGAGCCUUGACAAUUCUAAGACAGCAAAACCAUACAAUUAUUGUAGUGCUUAUGAAUCAUUUUAUGAAAGCACUUCUCCAGAGUGCACCAGCCCUCAGUUUGAAAGUCCCUUAAGCCCUCCCUCAAUGAACUAUAAUGGGAUAUUUUCCCUGAAGCAAGAAGAGGCCUUGGACUAUGGGAAAAAUUACAAUUACGGCAUGCAUUACUGUGCAAUGCCAAGCAGGGGUCCCCUCGGGCAGAGCUCUAUGUUCAGGUUGCCUACAGACAGCCACUUCCCUUAUGACUUCCAUCUGCGCAGCCAGUCUCUCGCCAUGCAAGAUGAAUUAAAUGCAGUUUUUCAUAAUUAAUGAGGAAAAUGAAUAUAAACAGUGGUCAUUCACCUCCCUCCCCCCAUCUAAUUAAGAUAAAGCAGAUGCUUGUUCACACAGUAAUUGACACGGCUCGAUUAAGGUAUCACUGCAGUCUCGAAAAUGUGUUUUAAACUUCUGUGGUCUAUUUUUUUCCCUCUAACCCUUUGUAACAGCCAAAUCCUUUGCCAUAUUUUGAAAUAUGAUUAAUAUAUCCAUUUUUUUUUUUUAAUUGAUGAAGACUGUAAUUUGUUUAUGCACUAAAACAAUAUUUUAUGUUUGUUUGAACAGUAUGUUGAAUUUCUGUGGCUAAAUAAAGAAGUGUACACUA